GCUGGCUCCUGGAAGUUGAGAGAGUAGCGACGCUAAGGUGGUAGCUGCCGCCGCGACCGCCGCGGGAUAAGCCGGGUAGAGUUGCUGAGGAUCUGCCAGACUUAUUGAUUAACUAUGGAGGAUUAUACCAAAAUAGAGAAAAUUGGAGAGGGUACCUAUGGAGUUGUGUAUAAGGGUAGACACAAAACUACAGGUCAAGUGGUAGCCAUGAAGAAAAUCAGACUAGAAAGUGAAGAGGAAGGGGUUCCUAGCACUGCAAUUCGGGAAAUUUCUCUAUUAAAAGAACUUCGUCAUCCAAAUAUAGUCAGUCUUCAAGAUGUGCUUAUGCAGGAUUCCAGGUUAUAUCUCAUCUUUGAAUUUCUUUCCAUGGACCUCAAGAAAUAUUUGGAUUCUAUCCCUCCUGGUCAGUUCAUGGAUUCUUCACUUGUUAAGAGUUAUUUAUACCAAAUCCUCCAGGGGAUUGUGUUUUGUCACUCUAGAAGAGUUCUUCACCGGGACUUAAAACCUCAAAAUCUCCUGAUUGAUGACAAAGGAACAAUUAAACUGGCUGAUUUUGGCCUUGCCAGAGCUUUUGGAAUACCCAUUCGGGUAUAUACACAUGAGGUAGUAACACUCUGGUACAGAUCCCCAGAAGUAUUGCUGGGGUCAGCUCGGUACUCGACUCCAGUUGACAUUUGGAGUAUAGGCACCAUAUUUGCAGAAUUAGCAACUAAGAAACCACUUUUCCAUGGGGAUUCAGAAAUUGAUCAACUCUUCAGGAUUUUCAGAGCUUUGGGCACUCCCAAUAAUGAAGUGUGGCCAGAAGUGGAAUCUUUACAGGACUAUAAGAACACAUUUCCCAAGUGGAAACCAGGAAGUCUAGCAUCCCAUGUUAAAAACUUGGAUGAAAAUGGCUUAGAUUUGCUCUCGAAAAUGUUAGUCUAUGAUCCUGCCAAACGAAUUUCUGGCAAAAUGGCAUUGAAUCAUCCAUAUUUUAAUGAUUUGGACAAUCAGAUUAAGAAGAUGUAACUUUCUGACAAAAAGUUUCCACGUUCCAGAUAGUUGUAUUUUUACUGUUAACUCUAUUUUUGUCUUGUAUAUUUUUCUUUUCUUUGUUGUAAAACUUAUGCUGUACUUCAUCUUCUAAUUUCAAAAAUAUAACUUAAAAAUGUAAAUAUUCUAUAUGAAUUUAAAUAUAAUUUGUAUAUGCGUGUAGAUCUCACUGUAACAACCGUUUGUUACUAUAAUAAAACUAUAAUUCUGGUAUUGAUGUCAGGAAU